UCUAAAAUAUUUUUAUUCCAUUAAUUAAAUCAAAAUAUAUUUCUAUUAAAAUUUUAAAUCCAUUUCGUUUCCGCGGCACAAAUUAAGAACUGAAUUAAAAAAAAAAAAAUCAAACUAAGAGCGUGAUAAAGAAAAAAAGUUAUUGGUAGCUAUACAUUUCAACAGGGCGCCAAACCAAAAGACAAAGUACUGAAGUUCCGGAAAAAAAAAUUGGCUCGUGAAAUCAAAAGAUGGAAUUGGAUGAAUGGGAGUUAAGCGCUGAAGAAUUGGAUUCUCUUGAAAGAGACGCUCUCCAGAAGAUCUCUCAGCAACGCUCUUCUUCGUCCAAUCAACAACCCAUCGUCCACUCUCUAUCUCAAAAGGCUGAAGCUUCGUCCAGAACCUUGCCUUCAUCAAUUGCGCCAAAAACAAACCCUGCAUCUGAUCAAUGCUCUAAGGAACAAGUACCAAAGCUCACUGUCAAAUUUAUUCUCCACGCCACUGGAAACAUUGCUGCAAAAUUUCCCUAUAACCAGGUUUUAGUUGAUGCGUUCCGUAAGAUCCCUAAAGCCACUUGGAAUGCAAAAGAAAGAUUAUGGAUGUUCCCUCUGUCUUCUUUGCCAUCGGCUGAAAAGGUUCUUUGUGAAAUACGUGGUUGUAACGUUGAGGUAGAGAAUUUACAUCCCUUGGUGCAGCGUGCUAUUGCUGCUGCCUCUGCACUCCCAGAUCUUCAAGAGUGGUAUGACAGGAUUCCAAGCUCUAUUGAGUCAAAGCUUCUGCCAUUUCAGCGAGAUGGUGUUAGGUUUGUGUUGCAACAUGGAGGACGUGCGCUUCUAGGUGACGAAAUGGGAUUAGGAAAGACUUUACAGGCUAUUGCUGUUGCUGCAUGCAUUCGUGACUCCUGGCCUGUUCUUAUACUUGCACCAUCUUCUUUGCGUUUGCAUUGGGCUUCAAUGAUUCAACAAUGGCUGAAUAUUCCUCCAUCGGAUAUAGUUGUUAUUUUCUCCCAACCGGGUGGGUCAAACAGAGGUGGAUUCACAAUAUUAUCCUCAAAUAGAAAGGGUGGUAUUCAUCUUGAUGGCCUCUUCAACAUCAUCUCCUAUGAUUUGGUAGCUAAACUAGAAAAUUUAUUAAUGGCAUCAGAGUUCAAGGUUGUGAUUGCUGAUGAAUCUCACUUUUUGAAAAAUGCUCAAGCAAAAAGGACAACUGCUUCCCUUCCCGUUAUAAAGAAAGCUCAGUAUGCAAUAUUGCUUAGUGGAACUCCAGCUUUAUCCCGACCAAUCGAGCUGUUCAAGCAGUUGGAAGCCUUGUAUCCUAAUGUAUAUAGAAAAGUUUACGAGUAUGGUGAACGUUAUUGUAAAGGCGGAAUAUUUGGAACUUAUCAAGGUGCUAGUAACCAUGAAGAAUUGCACAAUUUGAUGAAGGCUACAGUCAUGAUCCGCAGGCUUAAGAAGGAUGUUCUUUGUCAGCUUCCCAUGAAGCGUAGGCAACAGGUGUUCCUAGAAUUGACUGAAAAGGAUAUGAAACAGAUCAGUUCUUUGUUUCGGGAGUUGGAGGUGGUAAAGAGCAAAAUCACAGCCUGCCAAUCUGAAGAGGAGGUUCACUCACUCAAACUUAUGCAGAAGAAUCUCAUAAAUAAGAUUUAUACUGAUUCUGCUCAAGUCAAGAUCCCAGCAGUUCUAGAUUAUCUAGGAACUGUAAUUGAGGCAGACUGCAAAUUUCUAAUAUUUGCGCAUCAUCAGCCCAUGAUUGAAGGAAUACUUCAGUUUCUUCUUAAGAAGAAAGUAGGUUGCAUUCGAAUUGAUGGUACUACCCCUGCAUCCUCAAGGCAAGCUUUGGUUAAUGAUUUUCAAGAGAAGGAUGCUAUCAAGGCAGCGGUGCUAUCUAUCAAAGCUGGAGGUGUUGGAUUGACUUUAACAGCUGCAAGUACAGUUAUCUUUGCAGAGUUGUCAUGGACUCCAGGUGACCUGAUUCAAGCUGAAGAUCGUGCUCAUAGGAUUGGCCAGGUAUCUUCAGUGAAUAUAUACUAUCUGCUAGCGAAUGACACAGUUGAUGACAUCAUAUGGGAUGUUGUUCAGCACAAAUUGGAAAAUCUGGGUCAGAUGCUUGAUGGCCACGAGAAUACCUUGGAAGUUUCAGGCAACCAAGAACACAAAAGUCCAAUAAAGCAGAAAACUAUUGACCCCAGCCAAGAACAAAGAAGUCCAGGGAAGCAGAAAACUCUCCAUUCUUUCAUGAAGCGCUGUAACAACAUCGAUGAUGAAUAUCAGUCUAAGCUCAAAUAUCCCAGGAACUGAGCAACCUACUCAAGUAUGAUCUACUCUUUCCCACUUUGCAUAGCUACAGGCAGAUGGACUCGUAAAUUUUGUACUAAUGAAACACAUUAACCACUCAGUUAGCACUCUCUAAUCAUAAUGUCAUCUUUUACGGGUAAUGUAAGAUUCCUUGACAUUACCAUGGGAAUAGAAUCUAUGGUCAUAUUUAAUAUAUU